AUGGGUGGAGAAGAAAGUUCCGGAAGACUGGCAGUGCGCAAUUGUGGUACCAAUCUGGAAGAAGAAAGGCAGCAACAAAGACUGCAGCAUGUUCUGAGGCAUAUCCCUCCUGAGCCACAAAAGCAAGAUGGUGCCCUCAGUGGAGCUCAGGGCGCGAACACCUUGUGCAGCCAGCCCGUAGACAUAGCGUUCUUGUUGGACGACUCUAGCAGUAUCUCAGCUGUCAACUUUGAGAAAAUGAUCACCUUUGUGAAGGAUCUGGUAGCCCACUUUGACAUUAGCCUGACCAGUACCAGAAUCGCCGCUAUCACCUUUAGCCACAGGGCAUUCGUAGAGUUUACUUUUGGAGCUUACAACACACUGGCAGAGGUGGAGCACGGUUUUGACGAAGUUUGUCAGAGAAAAGGGGGAGAGACAAUGACCUACAUAGGUCUCAAAUAUGCCCUACAAAGCCUGGAAAACUUCGGUCGACGAGACGUCCCGCAUAUUCUGAUCACCAUCACAGACGGAGUGUCCAACAACCGGGCUGAGACAGCCAAAAUGGCGAACAUGACUCGACAAGAAGGGAUUGAAAUCUUUGUUAUUGGAGUCGGCAGAAAAGCCUAUUUGGUUGAGAAAAUUAAUCCGAUGGAGCGUUACAGGCUCGAUCUUCUAGCGUUCGUCUCCAGUAUAGACGCGAUGAAAAUGAAAAGCCAAACUUGCCAUCAUAAGCCAGCGGAAGUGGUGUUUGUGUUGGACAUGUCCAGCAGUAUCUUCAUGUUGGACUUUCAGAAACAACUGGCCUUUGUAUCAAACCUUAUUAAGAUGUUUCACAUUGGCAGACACAAGACCAGAGUCGCCGCCGUCUCCUUCAGCACCAACGCUACCGUGGAGUUCCAUCUUGACGAGUUUUAUGAUCAGAAGGACGUGAGAGAUCACGUGGAGAUGAUUCGCUACACCGGAGGUGGCACCAACACAGGCGAUGCCCUCAAACUGGUCAACGACUCGGUGCUCAUCUCAGAACAUGGCGUCAGGUCAAAUGUGCCCCAUGUUGUCAUAGUCAUCACCGACGGCCGUUCACAGAACUCCCCGGACACUCGCGCUCAGGCCAAAGCGCUCAAAGACUCGGGGAUCUUUAUGUUUGCUAUAGGAGUGGGCCCUUAUGUAGACGACCAGGAGUUGAAGGACAUCGCCUCUGCACCAUCUGAAAAUUUCAUGUUCACGAUAGCCGGAUAUGACACACUCCCGUCCAUCAAAAGCACCCUCGCUCUCCGCGUUUUUUUGCAGCUAGUAGCUGGAUGGCGAUCGGGCACCACUGGUACCUUCCGAUUGAGGAGUUCAGAGCUGGAACAUGAACCCCCUUAA